GGAAGAGGAGGCUGAGAGGAGAGGCAGCAAGAGGGCAUCAAGGGCUGAAAAAAAGGAAGAGAAGACAAGCCAUAAGAUGGAGAUCUCCAGUCUGGACAUAUGAACAUAGAGAGCAGCUUUAAGUUGGGGUUAGAACAUAAUGUGUGUAUUGAGAGCACCUGUAAAGGAGGGAAUUAUUUUUUACACGAAGCAGGAUGGUCAAUACGGAAAGAAAGGCGUCUACUAGUUUAUCAACGGAUUUAUGAGUGAGGGCCAUCUGUUUUACCUGAGCUAAUGUUUCUCUUGAACACCAUGGUUGGUCCUGAGUGCAGAGAGAAAACUCCCAUGCCUCCAAACUUGACCGUUCGAGUGGCUGAUAACAAAGAGAGCUCUCAUAGGUAAUCAUUGACUCUCCUGGACCAUGACUGGCAAGCAAGGGAGGCAGUGGAGAUCCAUGGGCAAAGGCCUUGUGCUGGGUACACUCCUCACCAGCUUUAUGAUCCUGGUUUAUUGUUUUUCCUCCCAGCAGAUUCCUCUCGAUUCACCUGAGGUCCCAGUACCGCACUCCUGUGCCCACCGUCCAUCCCACCUGAAACACACUACCAACAGUUCACAGAAAGUCAGUGGUCAGUCCUGUCUUCCUAAAAUGGACAUAAUGUUCCUGAAGACUCACAAAACAGCCAGCAGCACCUUCCUCAACAUACUUUUUCGCUUCGGAGAGAAACACAGACUCAAAUUUGCUUUCCCAGACAGCAGGAAUGACUUCUUUUAUCCAAACUUAUUUCAGCGCAAGCAGGUUAAAGAUUACAGGCCUGGAAUGUGUUUCAACAUGAUCUGUAAUCACAUGAGGUUCAACACACCUGAAUUAGCAAAGCUGCUGCCCGCAGAUACAACUUACAUCACAAUCCUGCGAGACCCAGCAGAGCUUUUUGAAUCAUCCUUUCACUAUUUUGGCCGGUUGGUGCCUUUUACCUGGAAGAUACAAGGAGAAGACAAGCUGACAGAGUUCCUUCUUGACCCCCAGAGCUAUUUCGACGCGGAAAGCUACAACUCCCAUUACCUCAAGAAUCUGUUGUUUUUUGACUUUGGCCAGGACAACACUUUGGACCCGGGUGAUCCACGGGUUGAUGAAGGAAUCAAGUCAAUCUCUGAUCGUUUUCACCUCGUCAUGCUGGUGGAGUACUUCGAGGAAUCACUGCUCCUGCUCAAAGACGCACUCUGCUGGGAGAUGGAUGACCUUCUCUUCUUUAAGCUCAACGUCCGCAUGGGAUCCACGGUGUCUAAACUCACUGCAGAGCUGAGAGCCAAAGCCCUUGAAUGGAAUGCCAUUGACUGGAAGCUCUACCAGCAUUUCAACCAAACAUUUUGGAAGAAAGUAGAUGCAUAUGGGCGACAGCGCAUGGCCAAUGAUGUUGCGGAGCUCAAAAAAAGAAACAAGAGAAUGGCAUCCAUAUGCAUUGAGGGGGGACAUGCGGUAGAAGCAGGCAGCAUCCAAGAGACAGACAUGCAGCCCUGGCAGCCAAUUGGAUCGAACUCUAUAAUGGGGUACAACCUAAAGAAGAACGUGGACAAAGCACAUUUGAAGCUUUGCCGCAAGAUGUUGAUGCCAGAGAUUCAGUAUUUAUCAGAACUUGGGGUUAACCUGUGGAUCACCAAGCUGUGGGGUUAUGUGAGAGAUAUCAUUAACUGGUAACAGAGCAUGCAAGCGGGUGGGAUUGCUGUAAAUAUCGUAAUAUUAUAUAAUGUUAAACACUUCUAUCACAACUCUAGCCUCCUGAAGUUAGAAUAUGUAUAGUUUUACUUGUGUGUGUUACAUAUGAAUGCAAGCUGUAAAGUCUGCCUAGUAUUGAUUCUUGCUCGUGGGCCAAAAAGUGAAAGGUUUCUACUGACGUUCUAACAGAGCAGCUGAGUAAGCUAUGAUGUUAUCAUUUCAUUUAAUAGGUUCCUCAUAGGUUCCUGCAAGUAACUGUAACCACUGCCAGAUCUGAAGGUUGUUCCAAGGUUUGAACAUAACUUUAUUACGAUCGUAAACAGCGCAAAUAAUUAGAAUCCCAGCUGAUUCUGGAUAAAGCAAUAAAAUAAGAUAUACAAAUAUUUAAUGGGAGUAUUACACCAAAAGUUUUUUUUAAAAACAGCAAAACUGACCAAAUGUAGGAGCAUGCAUCAGUUAUGAAAAUAUAAAAAUCUUUUUUUAGUUAAUGAAACAAGUCAAGCUAAAACCACAAGCCUAUUCAAAAAUACUAUUAGAUGAUAAAACAUUAAUAAUUACCAAGAUUAAUUAUGCUUAUUUCCCUGUUGAAUAUUUCAAAACUAAAUAGUUUACAUUAUAUCAAUUAUUUACAGAAUUAAUGCAAAUAUGAGAAAAUAUAGACAAAUAUGCAAUCAAGCAUAAAGCAAUUUUCCCUUUUCUUUAUUCUAGUCUUCCUCUUUGUUAGCUUUAUGCAAUAACAGCCUAACAGAUAUUUUUGUUGACUAAAACAAUUGUGAUGUCAUUAAUGUAACAAGCCAAAAGAAAUGUAUAAAAAUUAAAAAAUGUAUAUUUUUUUAAGUAAACUUUUGAGGUUUUGUAUCAGCACUGGCUAGCAGUGUUAAACACCAACUUUAAGAAUGUACAUAGACCUGUUGCAAACUCGUACCUCAAAGAAAUAUGAGUUAACACAUUUUUUUUAAUAAAUCGUUUAUUUUAACUACCCAGUAGUGCUUUUACUAAUCAAUCGUGUAUUGCAAAUGUCUUUGUGUUAAAACACACAUUUGAAAAGCUAAAAAGGACCUUCCUUUUUUCCUCUAGUUGCAACUGUUUUCAUGUGUACACUUUGCAACAGAAAUUGCACUAGAUAUUGCACAUGAAUGUAGAUUACCGACAUCCUUUGAACGUGAUGAAAAAUAUUUCUCCCUGACAUUGCAAACAGAUUAAAUCACCAGCUAUUUGACUGGCAAUCAAUAUGUUUGAACACUGCUCUGUUAAAACAAAUGUGUGAUAGACAUAAUAAAGUAACAGAAACAGUAUUUAUUUUGUUGAGUAGCGUGAAAAUUCUGCAGAUGUGAAUUGUAAUUUGCCAUUAUCAAAAUUAAAAAAAUUAAAAAACAA